UAGAGAGUGUUGUUGUCGUGAAUUAACCAUCGCAGACGAACAGUAUCAUGCGCAUUUUGAAAAAUUCGCUGUGAUCGUAACAUAGCAAAUUAAGAAAUUGUAGAUUAAAAAAAGUUGAUUUCACAAUUUGUUGACGAUGUGCGGUGAAAGUUUUGCAUUUUGGUUUUGCGUAGUAUUAUUUAUCACUUUAUCUUCAACGACUUUGGGAAACUUCACAAGUGACAACAAAGACAACAUAUGGAACGACAAUAUACGGGACGACAACAUAUGGGAGAAAACAUAUAAUCAUACGAAAUUUAUUAUAAGCAAAAGGAACAAUAAUAAUAAAACUCACAUUCUUCCAUACGAAAAAUGUGCCAAUAUAACUUGCAUUCUGCUCUGUUGUCCGCUUGGUGAUCUCUUUGAUGGCAAGAAUUGCAUUGCUAAUGCAAGUGAAUAUGUUUUCCCAAACGUAUAUAGCUAUUCAAACAAUUCGAUACAGAGCGGAAAUAAGAAGAUGGACGAGCUUUUUCCACUAACCGUACAAAAUCUGUGCCAGAAAACUGUACCUUUUGUUCUUUAUCCGAACAAUUCUUUCGAGUAUAUGUUCUUCGCAAACAGCUCUCUGUACUUUCCUGAUAUCGAUAUAUUCGAAUCAGCAUCUUAUUGUUUGGCCAUCGGGGAUGAUAAUCAAUUAGAUGCAUUUAUCUGCUUGGAGGCUGUGAACGAAAUCUUCAUCAGAUAUAGUGGAAAAUCAGAAAUAGAUAUCUUAAACAUAUUAAAAUUUUUAUAUUUGAGUUGCCGUAUAGUGUCUGUGUUGUGUUUGUUGACAACAUUUGUGGUGUAUUCUAUGCUGCCGAAGCUUCGUAAUAUACAUAGUUUUAUGCUGCGCAAAUACUGCAGUUUUUUAAUUUUCGGAUACAUAAUUGAAAUUAUAUUUGCUUUAUUAGAGUUAUUCCAUCCAUCAUUAAUAAAUGAAGUAGCUAUUUCAAGUUUCACCUGUGUCAUAAUUGCUUUACUCAACUAUUUCUGUUUUAUAUCAUGUUCUUUCUGGUUAAAUGUAAUGAGUUUCGACAUUUGGUGGACAUUUAGAGAUUUUCGCUUGUUACACAGAAACAAGAGAGUAAAACAAGAGAGAAAAAAAUUAAUAUAUUCUAUCUUUGCUUGGGGAGGUUCCUCCAUUUUUACUAUCAUUUAUAUUAUCAUGGAUUUUAUUCCCAAGUUGGAGAAACAACCUUCUGAUGGCAUUGGACUGGAUUUUUGCAUGGAUUUUUUUUCUUUUGAAGGGUAUCGAUUGUAUUUUUACGUGCCGCGAAGUGUUUGUAUUAUUAGUAGCAUUUGCUUAUCUAUUUACACAGCAUUGAAAAUUAUGCGUUAUGAAAAGGACACAGCUCGUCAUUUAAGAGAUUCAGAUAGCAGAUUUUAUAAUGACAACAAGCGAUGGUUCAAUCUGUAUCUCAGCCUGUUUAUUAUGUUAUUUAUCAUAAUGGCCAUAAAUUGGAUUAUAAUAACGUCGGGACUUAUAUUUUAUAAAGAGAAAUAUAACGAGUCAAUUCAGAUAUACAUUGCUUGUAUUAUUUUGGUGGUGGACGCCAUGCAACAUAUCGGUACAUUCAUCAUAUUCGUGUGUAAAAAGACAAUCAUGCGACAACUAUUGAAGCGUUUCUGUCAGAAUUGCAAGUGUUUUUCCAAAACUUCGAAUAAAAGGUUACAAGUUUGAAUAACUGUACCAUGUCAAGAACAAUUUUUUAACGGAAAAACAUUAAUUAUGGAAAAGCGAAUCGUCACACAAAAAAUUUGUCUGAUGAGAAUAUAUAAUUUUAUAUAUGUUUAUCCUUGUCAAGAUUAGAAUAUCUAAUUGAUAUGUGAUGCAUAAAUGUGUACAUUUAUGUAUCUCUCAUAUAUCUCUAAUUCCAUUAGAUGUGUAUAUCUUAUCUUUUAAUUUUAAUUUGUACAUAAUUAAAUGUGAUGUCAA